AUGGCCUCCAACAAAAAUCCAAUAACAAUGAAUUCAUAUAUUUCCCAUCCACUUUUCGGCCUUCCUGACGAUAUUCGAGACAAGAUUUACCUUCUUGCGACCCCUCCACGUAUCGUCAGAGUCGAGGAGAGUCCCCAGGUCUCUUCUCCUGCCGUGCUCGCAUUUCUAUACAAGCUUCAAUUCACGGGCAAACGGCCUUUUAUACAUCCUUCUCUGGCAUACUUUUCUCCUUUCUGGCGCCCUUAUGUCUUGGAGCUACAGGGAUGGAAUCCGCGGAUCCUGCCGCCCCAUGAACCAAUCAGCCAGUCGCCUACUCAGCCUGAUCCAUGGAAGCCAUCCCAAAGCUGCCCUCGAAUUGAUCCCGUCUGGCUUGCUCAUCGACCUGAGCUCGCAUGGAAUCUGUGUCGAAGCUCGAGUCUCUACUCUAAAGCUCCAAUACCGCCUCUGCUGCACACGUGCCGCGACUCUCGAAACCGCUUGAGACGACUUGGAUAUAAACUCGCUUUCUCGACUCGCACCUCUGAAGCCCGGACUUGGUUCAACUUUCGACGCGAUACGCUAUUUCUCAGAGAUCCCGAUAUAGUCGACUUCCAGAGGUACAAAAUUGAUGUCGAAGGCCGCUACUUCGACGAUAUGCUGUUAGCCCUCCCAUUCAACUUGGCGCAGUUCAUGCCUUUGGACCUACUCAGCGUCCGACGACUUGUCCUCCCUUUCGAUCGAGUACUCGACAUGACGGAGCCUUCUUCUCCAGACCUGUUGAUAAAAAUAAUGGGGGCUCUGCGUGUCAUUCCUCACCUUGAACAACUUUUCAUAGCCAAUGGCAUCUUUGGACCUGGAGCCGACACACAGCCCUUGGAAUGGGUCGACUGCGACGCUGCGGAUUACCACAUUGAAGAAGUCCGGAAAUUUUCAUUAUUUAGAGAUCUCAGCAAGUUCGUUGUCGGAUCAAGUCUAUUUAAACCCUAUACAGCUGCCUGGGCAGACUUUUCGACAUGUGUGGGCGACGAGUUUGAGGAGCGUCUGCAAGAAGGCCGAGACGAAGACUUGCGUCACUCAGUCCGAAAAUGGGGUGUUCCCAAGGUUAAAGUAGGCUACCUCGGCGCGCCAAAGGACUUGAGGCGUCUUUCUCGCAUUCGACAGGAGUACUGGCAGGGGCUUGAUAACACAGAUGUCGGCGAGAAAAGUUCCAGUGAAAAGGAACAGUCGAUGUCCAGCACCUACUCUGAGUCCGAGGAGCUAUCAACGGGCUCUUCAGGUGGUGACACCUGGUCUGAUGAUUGGCCAGUGUACUGA